AAGCGCUGCUGAUGUCGGUGAUGUGACUGAACUGAUCUUGGGAGGCGCGCGCGUUCAUGAGGGGGAAUCGACCGUUCGUUCUCCCGGUCAUGUAACACGACAUCUCUCCGGCUGGCGACACGAGCGACCUGUAACCGACACUACGACCUCUCAGGCAACGAUUGCGCUAUUGCUUUGCUAUGCGAAAGCGAGAACCAUGAAAAUGCUUCGUCUCCGGAGCCCGAGCAUCUCCUCUUUCCCGCAGGAGGUUCAGUGCACGGUGCGGCUGCUCGACGACUCCGAGAUCGCGUGCAGCAUCCAGAGAGACACUAAGGGUCAGUUUCUCUUGGAUCAUGUGUGUAACCACUACAGUCUACUGGAGAAAGAUUACUUUGGAAUCAGAUAUGUGGACCCAGAGAAACAAAGGCAUUGGCUUGACCCGAGUAAACCUGUGGUGAAACAGAUGAAAUGUCAGCAGCCGUACACUAUGUGCUUCAGGGUGAAGUUCUACCCUCAGGAGCCAAUCAAGAUUAAGGAAGAGUUGACAAGAUAUCUGCUGUACCUGCAGUUGAAGAGAGACGUGUACCAUGGCAGGCUGCUAUGUCCAUUUACUGAUGCUGCGUAUCUUGGAGGCUGUAUAGUACAGGCUGAGCUUGGCGAUUAUGAUCCCGAGGAGCAUCCUGCAGACUACAUCAGCGACUUUAAGCUAUUCCCUAAACAGUCCCUCAGACUUGAACGCAAGAUCAUGGAUAUUCACCAGAAUGAGCUAAGGGGACAGUGUCCUGCACUCGCAGAGUUGAACCUUCUUCAGAGGGCCCAUACCCUGGAUACAUAUGGUGUUGAUCCACAUCCAUGCAAGGAUUUCACAGGAUCCACAGCCUUCCUGGGAUUCACUGCAAGAGGGUUUGUGGUUUUCCAGGGAAACAAGCGGAUCCACCUUCUAAAAUGGGCAGAUGUCAGCAAAUUUAAGUUCGAAGGGAAAACCUUCUAUGUGAUCGGAGUACAAAGAGAGAAGAAACUGGUUCUGACAUUCCACACCUCCACACCAGCAGCCUGUAAACACCUGUGGAAAUGUGCUGUAGAAAAUCAGGCUUUUUACAAAUGCGCAAAAUCAAGUCAGAUAAAGACUGUAUCCAGCUGCAGUAUAUUUUUCAAGGGAAGCAGAUUUCGCUACAGUGGGCGGGUGGCUAAAGAAGUGAUUGAAGCCAGUUCAAAGAUUCAAAGAGAACCACCUGUUGUACACAGGUGCCAGUUUGGCCAAAGCAGAAGCUUUACUUCACUCAGUCAUAAACAGCUCAUAAUGAACAUGGAGCCACUCCUACCAGCACUAAGCUCUAGCAGGGAACGCAGAGAUAUCUCAGCAGACAACGGACUCCGGGCUUUAAAAGACUCAGUUCACCUCUCUCCACUGAAACCAUCGGUGACACCUGAGGAAGUGGAGACAGAGGAUAGAGAAACCGUCCAGGAAAGACAAGAAGAUGAGACAGCCAACAAGACGAGAGCAGAUGAGGAGAGGAGAGACACACAUGCAGAUAAUGAAGAAGAGGAGAGCGACACUCUCAGUAUUUCUGACACGGCGUAUAACCCGUGUGCUAGCAUGGUGCCAACGCCAGUGGAGGAGAGCCAAGACGUUUUGUUCCAGAGCCCCGCACGCAUGCUGAAGGAGCUACACGCCGAUCCAGAGAUGCAGGUGGAGCUUCAGGCCGAACAGGAUCCGGAAUUGGCCAGAGAGGAGUAUCGCCAGUCUUUGUGCAAUCCGCCAAAUGGGCGGCACCAGAUUCAGGCAUGCCUGCGCAGUGCUGUGCGUCUGGUGGUGAUGGCCACUGGCCUUCUCAUGAUUCUACUUCCACUGCUCCUCGUACUGUUGGAGUCAGACUUGGACAUCUCGUUCUUACAUGAUAUUCGCCAGACGCCUGAGUUCGAGCAGUUUCACUACGAGUAUUACUGCCCUCUGCGAAGAUGGUUUCUCUGCAAAGUGGAACUCAUAAUGGAGCAUCUAUGGGGGGAAUGAGCUAAUGGCACCGUCAUGGAACAGGGGGCGGGAAUGAAAGGAAGGCUUGCUCUCCUACAGUACAUCACGUUAUUUAUGCCCAUUCAUCUUUGAAAGUCAAGUAGAUAAUUGUAGUUUGGUUGUAUUUUAGCAGUCGUAAUGGACAUUUGUAGGAUCCACAAAUGCCUUAGAUGGUUCAGUCAGCUACUUAAAGGCUAUAAACAAUGACAAAAAAUGAGUUCUGAUAAAAAUGCACUGAAAUUUCACUCAUUUUAUCAUUGAUAUAUGCCAUUUUAAAAUGAUUUUGCAUGUGCUUCUAUACUUUUAAAAAAGCAAACAAAAAACAUUCAGGGUCCAAAAUUAAUUGUUUGCUCCAGCUGUCAUUUUUCCAGGAAUAUUGCUGGUUCUGUCAACUGCAGCAUCAGAUCGAUAGAUAUACACAUGAUCAUUUUGGACCCUGCUGUCAGAUUUAAUAUGUUGACGUUGAUCCAUGUCACAUUAAUUCUUUUUUAUGUUCCAUAUCACAAAAAAUGCAUCUCAGAAUGUAGAACAGGGGCCCACUUCCCCAAAUCAAGAAAACCUAUUACAUUUUAAAGCUUUACAGCUAUUUAGAUCAAAUUCUGACCUCAUAACAUUGUGUUGCAAAUGAUAUUUUCUGCCUCCAGCGGAGUAACACAAUAUAUAGCGAGGGCAAGCUCUGCAUACUAAAACGUAUCUGUUUUUAAAUUUUCUACAUUUCCAAGUUAUGAGUGCAGUUACUUGUAUCUUUUAGUUAUGUUAUGUUAUUUAAACUGCUUUAUAUUAAAAAGAAGGUAGUAGAGAAGUAAAAUAUUUUUAAUAUGACCAAUUAAUCUAAAAUGCUGUGCUGUGUUUUUUUUUUUACAAUGAAUAGCACAAAAUGUAAAACUUUUUUAAAGAUUUUCUGAUGUCAUAUGAAAGUUUUACUAUAACAGGCUUUGAGAGGAUGGUACAGUAAUACAUUUAACAGUCUUACAUGGUCACACAACAUACAGUAUCACUUAAUGUCAAAUACACAAUAGAAAAAAACAUCUAAAAUUCAAAAGUAAAAGGUGUAGAAUAUUACUCUGACAUAAAGAUGGUAUAAAACUUUUUUAAAAGGAUUACAAACAAUCUUAAAAUCCAUUUAGUCUCAAAUUUUUUUUGUUAAUACUCUAAGCUGUUUCAAUGCAGGUCUUUGUUAAUCCACACACGUCUUUAAUGUGUAUACAUGGUUAGAAUAGAACCAGGCCGAACUGCAGGUUUGCUCAAACAAUGCUAAAGACUGAUUUGUCAUGCAAGUGAUCGCUCUACUAGUAAAUAAAUGUUAAAACUUAAAGAUUUAUUUGCCCCAUAAUUAUACUAAAAUAAACAUAACGUUUACAUACAUUUCAGUAGAAAUCAUCUCGGUUAUGUCUGUAACCCCUGUUCCCUGAUGGAGGGAACGAGACGUUGUGUCGACAGAAUGGGGGUCGACAGAAACCUAUCAUCUCUGACUGACUUUGAAAACGCCAAUGAAAUUGGCGAAU